AUGUCGAACCCUCUUCCCAACUAUGACCCCCGCCGGGCCACCAUGUAUAAUCGCCAACCGGAGGAGCUUCACAUCCCCUCCGGCGGCGCUUCGCUCCAGCGACAGUCCAUGUCCCAUGAAUUUGCGACCGGUGCCGAUAGCCAUGCCCCCUCGAUCAAUUUCCACCCGACGAAUGCCCAACCGAAUCAAUUUGGAACUGCAAACAAUGCCGGGGGAGCUCUGCCUGGAGCGCUGCAGCCGGGAAAAGUCAACCGGCCGCCCGCGAUGUCUGUGAACACCGCCCCAUCUGUCCUUCCUACGAUGCCGCAGUUGUCAACGCAACAGCAGCAGCAGCAGCAGCAGCAACAACAACAACCACCACCGCAACCACAACAACCCCCUCCGACAACACCUCGGUCUAGCAUGGCCAAUUCUCAUAGUCACUCUCGCUCUAGCCCCGCGGGUGUGGAGCAGUCGAAAUACAAGCCGCACGGACUGUCGGAGACCGCGCGCUUUGGCUCAUCGCCCGGCGCUGCAUUCCCGCCGGUUACUCCACAAGGCGCCAAAUACUCUCCCCUUGGACUUUCAGAUAUCCGGCCAUCUGGAGAUCUAUUGAGCGAUCCGCUUAUGAGCCCCGGGUCGCUGCCCAAUAAUGGCGACAAUCAGGUGCCGACCAACAGCAACUACAUUGCCCCAUGGCCCAUCUACGCCGUAGAUUGGUGCAAGUGGCCCAUCACGGGAAGCUCCAGCUCCUUCGGGGGCAAGCUAGCCCUGGGCAGUUAUCUGGAAGACAAUCACAACUAUAUACAAAUCAUUGAUACCCACUGGACCCAACCCGACCCCGACACGCCCGAUGCUGCAGCCGGCGAAAUCAAACUGGACUAUGUGAAGACUGCGGAAGCAACACAUUCCUACCCCGUUACGCGAAUCCUCUGGGAACCUCCCUCGUCCCACAAACAAUCGACCGACCUUCUGGCGACUUCAGGAGACCAUCUGCGAUUAUGGUCCCUCCCGGCCACGCCUCUGCAAACCUCGAACUCAAUUACACGACCGGCCAACCAGCGAGAACCGCCUGCGGCCAAGUUGUCUCCCCUGGCUCUGUUGUCCAAUUCGAAAUCUCCCGAGCAUACUGCCCCUAUUACCUCGCUCGAUUGGAAUACCAUCUCCCCGAGUUUGAUCAUUACGUCCAGCAUUGACACCACCUGCACCAUUUGGGACAUUCCUACUCUUACGGCCAAAACGCAAUUGAUCGCACACGACAAAGAAGUAUACGACGUCCGCUUCUGCGCCAACAGUGUUGAUGUAUUUGUUAGCUGUGGAGCCGACGGCAGCGUGCGCAUGUUCGAUCUUCGCAGUCUAGAGCACAGCACGAUCAUUUACGAGCCAACGGACAAGAAUGAAAAACUGAUCAGCCCCGGAAAUGGCAGCCCCUCGGCCCCGUCAUCCACGUGGCCUCCGCCACUGCUGCGAAUUGCCGCAUCCCCUCAUGACGCCCAUCUCCUGGCUACCUUCUCCCAGGAUUCCAACAUUGUGCGCGUGCUAGACGUUCGCCAACCUGGCCAAGCCCUGCUCGAACUCAAGGGGCAUGCCGCCGCCCUCAAUUCUGUUGAAUGGUCUCCGAAUCGCCGUGGUGUUCUCGCCUCUGGCGCAGAUGACUGCUUUGUCCUUCUCUGGGACCUGAUCAAUCAGCACAACGCUGCCCCCGUCCCGCCCGCCGUACAUAACCCCGGCGCGCCUUCGGUCACCUCUGAGCGUGGCCCCGCUGCCGCCUGGAAAUGUGACUAUGAAGUGUCUAACAUCAGCUGGUCGCCUCAGGGAGGGACAACUCCCUCUGGAAACCCUCGUGAUUGGCUAGGGGUAUGCGGUGGCCGCGGAGUUUGGGGUGUCGCUUUAUGA